AUGUGUCAGCUUCUGCUUCCAGACAGGGCGUCAGCCCCGUCCUCCUUUCUGUGUUGCUGGCGAUGUUUACGCGCCCUUUCUGUCUCCAUCGCAGAGAAGUGCGACGAGGUCCUGGCCACGCCCCUCCCCCACGCCGCCUUCUCCAGCUCCUCUGUGUUCUCCAGUGGUUACGCCGCCGGAUACGCCAAGCUGAACCGGAGAGGGGGUGCUGGUGGAUGGUCUCCUCUGGACAGCGAUCAUUACCAGUGGCUACAGGUGGACCUGGGCAGCAGGAAACAAGUGACAGCCAUUGCGACACAAGGCAGAUACAGCAGCUCUGAUUGGACAACGAGGUACAGGCUCCUGUACAGCGACACCGGAAGGAACUGGAAGCCAUACCACCAGGACGGAAACAUCUGGAAAAACAAGGAUGCUUAA